AUGGAGAGAGAAAAGAGGAAUGACUUGUCCUUCUCCAGAAAGAGAAGUUUCACUUUUGGCGCGUACGGCGGUGAGGACAGGUUCCCAUGUGGGGAUGAGACGAGAGAUGAAUCUGCAGAGAGCAGCGACAUCCUGAACCUCCUGGACUCUCCGGCCAGAGACAGCAGACCGGUGCAUCCGUCCAGCAGCAGCAGCAGCAGCAGCCACAGGGACACGGAGCUGUUUGAGAUCAUUGAGAAGCUGCAGGGCAGCAGGAUCGAUGAGCAGCGCUGCGAGUUCCCUCCGCCUCUGAAGGUGAGUCGGCACUACGACGCUUCGAUCCGCCACAGAAGUCUGAGCAGCAGUUAUUCCAUCCAAAAGUGUCAAAAGGUCCAUCAGAUGAAGGAGUGCUCUCUGCAUGGAGUUUUCUCUUUGUCUCUGUUCCCCAACAUCCCGUCGGCCGUCGAACUAGCAAAGAUGCUGUGCGACAGAGUGAACGUCUCCAAGUUUGACGUUGUCGGAUACCUGAAGGCUCCAGAACUGAUAACCACGUUUGAUGAACACAGAGUUUCUCCUAAUUUCAAGUUUGGAGUUCUGUACCAGAAGGACGGGCAGUUCACUGAGGAGGAAAUUCUGAGCAACAACCAGGAGAGCGAAGAGUUUCAGGAGUUCCUGUCUGUUCUGGGAGAAACGAUCCAGCUGCAGGGAUUCACAGGUUCUGCGUUCACUGUGGUAGUUCUGCCAGGCUCUGAUGUUUUCUGUCCCUCUCAGGUGUCGGUCACGGCCAGAGAAGACGUUCCUCCCUUUGGUCCGGUUCUCCCAGAUCCUCCCAUCUUCACGGAUCGUUUCCAGCUGAGAGAGUUUCUUCUCACCAAACUCAUCAACGCCGAGAUUUCCUGCUACAAGGCCGAACAGUUCAGCCGGCUGGAGCUUCGUACUCGUUCGUCGCUGCUAGAGAGUCUGCAGGCCGAACUCUCCACCCGUUCCCAGUGCAUGAUGGGAGAUCCUCCGUCUCUGGUCGCCGCUCCCGCGUCCGAGGGAGUCCGGGGGGCGUCUGAAGGAAGUGGAGGGUUCAUCGAAAACUUUAAGAGAGCCAUCAGAGUGAGAAGUCAUUCCUUCGACACUCUCGGGGUUCAGAGAAAGAUGACCGGAAACGCAGCGCAGAAACCGAAGACAGAGAAGGAUGGCGACAGUGACAAAUCUCCAGGACCUCCGUCUGCUCUCUCUGACAGCUCGGUUCCAGCUGAACCCAAAGAUCAAGCGAGUCCUCAAGAGGAGACAUAAAGGAAAAAGUUCAUGUGUAGAUUUUAGACAUUAAAUAUGAAUAUACACAUUUCUAGGCUAUACAAUUAAAUCUUUAUUAUCCUGGUGGAUGAUCUAUAUGUAAAUAGAGUGUACAAGUAAAUAGUUUUUCUGAAAAUACAAAUAUUUUACUGUCAUUGAGGUGAUAUUUUAGAAUAAUAAGAAUCUUUAAAUUGUAUUUGAGUGAAAAUUUUGACAUAGAAACUGACAGAAAUGUAUUGACAGAGGUUAAUGGACAUGAAGGGAAACAGUGGGAGAAAUUUAAUUAAAUGUAGAAAAUGUAUAGAAAAUGAAGAUUGUUAUAAAGAUGGCUUUAAUGAGACCAAUAAAAUAGGAUCGGUAAUUUGGAAAAACUGUUUGUAUAUUGUGUUUUGAAAUGACUUUCACACAGAGAUAGUAAACGAUGUUUAGUAA